AUGGGCAAAGAUGAUCGCAGCGUACCGGUGAUCAACGAGAACGGCUUCACUAUCAACGGCUGUAGCUUCAACGUUGACCCCAAGUACAAACCCAUCGACGCUAUCGGACAAGGUUCCUAUGGUGUCGUGUGCUCUGUACGCAAUACCGAGACCGAUGAAAAGCUGGCUAUCAAGAAGAUCACACCCAUGGCUGGCGAUGAGUGGGAUGCCACGCAUACACUGCGUGAAAUUCGCCUUAUGCGAUGUCUUGGAGCCCAUGAAAAUGUGAGUAUACUCACUUUUUUCACUUUCAUCAUAUCACUCAAGGACUUGAGCAUGUGUAAGGACAAGGACGAGCUGUACAUGAUGAUGGAACUUGCCGAUACGGACUUGCAUCGCCUUAUCCAGAGUUCUUGUCCUCUUACUGAAGGACACAUUCGAGUCAUAAUGUACCAGGUUCUCUCUGGUGUCAAGGCGAUGCACGACAAUGGCGUUCUCCAUCGCGACUUGAAGCCAGGGAACCUCUUGCUCAAUAAGGACUGCGAGUUGAAGAUCACGGACUUUGGGCUGGCCCGAAUGAUGCCUAAGAAAGCUCAAUUGGGACCGGAACACGCUUCAAACGACAGUGUAUCCAUGAUGACCGAGUACGUAGUGACGCGUUGGUACCGACCGCCUGAGCUCAUGCUCGCACCCAACGGAAGCUACGACGGAGCCGUCGAUAUGUGGUCGGUAGGCUGCAUCUUAGGAGAACUCGUGUCCCGUAAACCACUCUUUCCAGGUACAGACUUCAUGGACCAACUCACACGUGUGUUCCAAGUGCUCCCAGUGCCUGAACCUGAAGAUCGAGGCUACGUUAUCGAGAAAGAUGCGCUGAAAUUCCUCUCGUCACUUCCCGCUCCUAUUCCAGGUGCCUUCGAGACGAAACUAGGCGAAGCUGUAGGUCCUCAAGCUCUGGAUUUACUACGUCGGCUGCUGUGUUUUAACCCCAAAGAGCGGAUUUCAGCGGACGACGCACUGAUGCAUCCGUUUUUCGAGGGUGUUCAAGAAGAGUGGGGGGAGAUCACCGCUCUACACCUCGCUCAUUCCCUCGAAUUCGCCUUCGAGACUCAAUCUCUACCGCUCUCCACCUUACGUCAGUACAUUUGUGACGAGGUUCUUGCCUUCGGAGAGCGAGCAAGUAAACGACCAUCAGAGCCACAGGACAAGGAGCCUCAAGCUAAUCCGGAGAUGGCUACAGUAUCGACAGAAGCAAGCAACAACGAUACGCCUUCAGUGCCGGAGAACGACUGUCCUGUAGGCUCGGGAUUCACUCUGAAGAGCUGCCAGUUCAACGUGCCAGCCAAGUACAAGCCACUUCAAGUGCUCGGAGAAGGCUCGUACGGCAUCGUGUGCGCGGCAACGGACACGGAGACCAAGAAGAACGUGGCUAUCAAGAAGAUCACGCCAAUGGCAGGGGACGAGUGGGACGCCAAGCACACGUUACGCGAGAUUCGCCUCAUGCGGUACUUCGGGAAACACCCGAACAUCGCGUCGCUGCAGAACUUGAGUACGUGCAUGGACAAGGACGAGCUGUACUUGAUGAUGGACCUCGUGGACACGGAUCUCCACCGGCUCAUCCAGAGCAAGACCAAGCUCGAAGACGCGCACAUUGCAGCCAUCAUGUACCAGCUUCUCUGUGGCGCUCAAACGCUGCACGAGAACGGCGUUCUGCAUCGCGAUCUCAAGCCAGGAAAUAUCUUGGUCAGCAAGAACUGCGACGUCAAGAUCACGGACUUCGGACUCUCUCGGUACAUCCCACACAGCGCUCGUACGGACGGCGUCACGUCUCCAACCGACGCGGAAUCUCGACGUGCAGUGGAUAAAACCCAAGCCUUGAUGACCGAGUACGUCGUCACGCGGUGGUACCGACCGCCUGAGAUCAUGUUGGCACCCUCGGGAGUAUACAAUGAGGCGGUGGAUAUGUGGUCCAUUGGCUGUAUCUUCGGCGAGCUGCUGAAUCGUCGACCCAUGUUCCCUGGCUCCGACUUCCUGGAUCAACUCUCUCGUGUCUUCAGUGCUCUACCCGUUCCAGCGCGGGACAAACGCGGCUACGACGUGGAAGGAGACGCCUUGGCGUUCCUGGACAGUCUGCCGCCUUGUUCCCCCUCCGCUCUCACUAAACUAUUCCGUCGUGCGUCGCCAGAAGCUGUGAGUCUGCUGCGUCGAUUGCUGUGCGUGAAUCCUGCGCGUCGCAUCUCGGCGAAGCAGGCGCUGGCGCAUCCUUACUUCAAGAGUAUAAGAGCGCAACUGGGUGAGCCGCCAGUGUUCCGAGUGGACAAGGCCUUCGACUUCGAGUUCGACUACCAAGAGUUCUCGCUUACGCACUUGAAGACGCUGAUACAGAGCGAAGUCAAGUUGUUGCAGAAGUACGGGCUCCCUCCACCCAUUCCGGAUUCGGAACCGGUUCCGACUGCCGUUGCCGAAGAAGUGGACGACUUGGAGGACGAACAAGAGGUCAAACAGGAGAGGAACGACGAGGUCGUGUCCAAGACACAAACGCCAGCGGAACCGGAGACGGACGGGCCUAUGUCUUCGGAUUCGGAACCGGAUACCAAGCAUCGACAGCAACAGGAUGAGGAGACGGAAGCUGUUCCUCAGGAGCCAGUGGCUGUAGAACCGACCACGCAGACCAACGACGACGACGAGAAGCCACGCAAAGAGACCACGAGCUCUGCUCGCUCAGAACCGCCUUCAGCAGCGACACAUCGGUCGUCCCGGACUGCUACAGCGAGCUCUUUAGCUCGUCCGAAAAGUGCUGGAGCGACGUCACGUCGAUCGACGUCUUCGUCCUACAUUUCAACGAGCCGAAGCAGCUCUGGAGGGAUGUCGUACCGCUCGCAACGGGAGGACGACGAGGUCUCGUCCGUCUCCAGCAUCAGCAGCAACAACCGCCACAGCAGCAACAACGGCUUGGAGUCCGUCGACCGCGGAGGGAAGUGGGGUCACUCUCGCUCCAGCGUCAUGGCGCCCACUGCGUCUUCGAGACUUCACCGAUCCAGUCACAGCUCAUCGACGUCUUCCAUCCACGACCGUCGGAGCGGGGCAGUCAAGACGGCAGCGAUCUCCACACGCACUGGGUCCGCACGCGUGUCCAGCAGCAACCAGCGAAGUGCACGUGGAGACGAAUCCAUCGACCGCGAGUCCGUCAAGAGUGACUCCGUCCGAGGUCCUGAGCGUGUCAGCUCCACUCUCACAGCGGCCACCGCGUCCUCAUUACGUCGACAAACGAGCUCUGCCGGGACGGUGCGGACGUUAUCUGCUCGAAAAGAGCCGCUUCCCGAGGGCUGGAUACGUCGCACUCACUCCAAGAGUGGCCGAGAGUAUUUCUACGACACACUCAACAAAGUGGCGUCCUGGAAACUGCCCGUCAAGCAGCAGCAGCUCGACAACCUCUUCGCUGGGACGUCGAGUGCUUCGACUGCAUCGUCUACUUCUCGAGUCGCGCACGGCCAUCGCCAGAAUGUCCAGGUCGUGCCAGGCACGUCGUCGACGGCCUCUUCUCCGUCCAGUGCAAUGACGCCCGAGUCCUCUACGAGUCGCAGCUCGAUGCUUUCUAGUCGACGAACAGGUUCCAGUACGUCCAGCAAUCUACCGAAGGAGUGGGCUCGCCGCUCCGACCCCAAGACUGGACGUCUGUUCUACGUCAACCUGGUCACCAACCGCUCGUACGCCAAGCUCCCGUCGUCAGUCACCGCUGCCAUGCUCAACCUCGGCCGUGAAGCUGUCGCGAGUAAACGCGCCGCUGCAGAAGCUCUCAACCGGAAGAAAGCCACGGUACCGCACAGUCCUCAGUUCUCGCAGAUGUCUUGGCAGCGUAAAAGAGUCCCCAACACGGACGACUGA